GCGUGGACGUGGGUGGUCGCUUGAUGCUGCGCUCCCUGCAGCAUGCUGCUAGUAUGACGUGCAGAGAAUGACGAGGUUGCUGGCGUACUGGCGGGAGCUAUGGACUGCCUGGGCGGCAAUGACAUGGACUGGAGGAUGUGCGCUGGUUAUUACAAACUCAACGCACGAUGCGACACCAGUCAGCUGCUUAAGCGCCGAAUCUCCUUGCUCAAGGCCAUUCGACACAGCGCUGGUUUCGCUUGAAAUGAUGGCGACGAUUAAACAACGUGCGUGCAAAGUGAGGGAUUGCCUACGAUUCGCCGUCGUCGCCUGCAUUCAUUCCGCUCAUCGCUAUGACUUCAACACUCCACCGUCCCUCAGUGUGAGGAUGUUGUGUAGCAUUCGACGAAAGUAGCGGCUGGCCUACAUACGACGACGCCAUCGCCGCCCCCUGAUGUGUCCUGGUCAUACUCCAUCGAUCCCACAUUCCAUGCAGCGCCCGUCGUUGAUCCAUCUCGAGAUCCACGCCAAGGAUGUCCCCAUCACGACGCGUUGAUUUCUCGUGUUUGAAUAAUACUAUUAGUUAUUACUAUGUUAUUAAAUGCCCAAAUGCUUCAAAUAUUUAAAUCGAAUCUCCGAAGGCGACCGGCCCCGCGCGGGUAGCCGGACGGUGGUGUUUUGCGGCCGCAACUGCAUCCCUGGUACGGCCGUUGCUGCUGCUGCUUGUUGCAUCUGCUGCUGUUGAAGUCGCAUCUCCGACUGUUGCUGCUGCUGCUGCUUGAUCGCGGCGUCCACGAGGCGCUGCCGCGACUCCUCGGCGCCCAUCGCGUCGUUCUCCAUGGCUUCCUGCUUGGCCAGCGCUUCCACCUCGGCCUCCAUUUCGUCGUACAUUUCGUCCAAGUUGCGCUCGACCAUCGUGAUAAACUCGUGGCGCGAGUACCACAUGCUAUCCCUCUGUCGCUUGGAGAACUCUUUGUGCACUGGAAUGUAAUACAGGUCGGCUUCGUCCUCGAAUCGUAUCGAUUUGGCGGCCUGGGACGGCCGUGGCGGCCGCGACGUGUCCUUCAUGAUCUUUGGUGGCGUCAGUUGGCCUUGGAGCAACCAGUGCGGGACGAUGUCCUUUGCAUCAUCCACGACGGUGGGCGGUGACGGCGGCGUCGUGCCAGACACGUCUGGGGGCGACGCCAACGCCGCGUCACUGGAGCUGCCGCCGCUGUUGCUGAUUUCGUUUGUAUACCAGCGAGAAAACGCUUUAAAUAUGUUGGUGGGCUUCGGCUUGCCCUUGGAGUCGUUGAGUUUCACCUUGAUCCCUUCUUUCUUCACGCGCCGCCUUCCCGUGGACCGUUCCAGAUCCCGCACGGAUAGGUUGAUCCCGAGUUGAUUCCAAUACUGAUGGCGUAGUACGAGGGGGUCGCGCUUGAGCACGCUGGGUUGAAAGGUGGGCGAGUUCAUGGGCAAGGGCUGCAUGUUGGGCGACGCGAACGACUGGAUAGGGGACCUAUCGUAGGUCGGCAUGGUCGCCGACGAGAGGACGUCGACGGGACACACGGCAAGCACAGGCAUGGGUUUGAUGAGGUGGUCUUCGUAAUCUGGUUCUCGUUCGUCGGACGAGUUGCUGGCUUCAGUCGACAAUUCGUCGUCAAGAACAAGAUCCUUGGAACGGGGUGAGAUUGUGUCGUUACACGGGUACAAGGCAGCGGCGACAGGGAUAGACGGAGGCGCUGUGGUGGUGUCGGGCGGUGUCUUCGGGAGGUCGUUCUGCGGGUUCAAAUGCAGAGAUGAAGAGGUAACAACGUCGUCGACCACCCCCAUGCUCGUGCUGCUUCUUGAGGGUUUAUCAGCCAUCUGAUUUCACGUUGGCGUGCGUGGUGGCGUGUAUUUUUUUGUUUUAUUCGCCAGGAUUUGUAAUGAC